UGCCCUUAGAAGGAAAACCUGUCACUCUAUAAACUCAGAGCGUUGUUUGGUUUCUUUGCAGUCUUCUUUUUUUUCUUUUCUUUUUUGUAAUCGUGGCAGCAAAUCUUCAAAUUCAUAAAAGUUCAGAUGAUCAGAAAACGACUUUCCUGCUGAGUGACAAGUGAAGAUGGAGGUCAUAACUUUAUAGUCGGGCGCGUCUGAGCCUCUUAAUUCUCGGAUUAUCUUCGCGGGGAGCGGAGAGACAGAGAGAGAGGUGACCGCUGUGCGAGGCGGUGGAGGCGGGGAGGAGAGCGCAGCGCAGCGCGGCCCGCGGCGGAUGACCGGACCGCGGCAUGGAGAUGCUGCGCCGCUCCUCUGUGUUCGCGGCUGAAGUGUUCGACCGCUCGCCCACCGACAAGGAGCUGGUGUCCCAGGCCAAAGCGCUGUGCAGGGACUACAUCCACUCCAGGCUGAACCGUGCCGGGAUAGGCUGGUCGAAGCCCGAGCACGGACUGGCUGCUUCAGGUGGGACGCUCGGGGAGAUAUCGUCGGUUCUGCUGUGGCUCGGUGAUGAGUUGGAGUACCUCCGGCCCAACGUUUACCGCAACGUAGCACGGCAGCUCAACAUCACGGUGGCGUCGGAGAGCAUAGUGUCGGACGCGUUCCUGGCCGUGGCUGCAGACAUCUUCUCCACAGGUGUGACGUGGGGGAAGGUGGUCUCUUUGUACGCCGUGGCAGGAGCGCUGGCGGUGGACUGCGUCCGCCAUGGUCACCCCGCCAUGGUCCAUACCAUUGUCGACUGCAUGGGGGAGUUUGUUCGCAAGAGCCUGACAUCCUGGUUGAAAAGGAGAGGCGGCUGGGUGGACGUGACUAAAUGUGUGGUGAACACCGAUCCCAGCUUUCGCUCUCACUGGCUGGUGACGGCCGUCUGCGCCUUCGGACACUAUCUGAAGGCCACCGUGUUGUACAUCCUCAGGGAGAAGUGAGACGAGGCUCUGGACUCUGAGCAGACUGACCGGCUCUGUGCACCAGCACCGCUCCACUAAAGCAUCCUCUGCUUUGGAUAUAUGUUUACACUCAUUUGCACUGAACCUUCACUGAUGAGCACCGAUCCCGUCACAAACAAACAGGCUUCCCGUGCUUCUUCUGCUUCCUCGCCUAGUGUGUAUUUAUUGUUAAAGGUUAUACGGCACACUUUUGAUGUAAUUGUAUAAAAGAUGUGUUAAAUCACCCGCUGUUGGUGUUUGUAGCUUCACAGCUGUCCCAUUAUCUUCAGUGCUGCCUGUUUUGCUGCCUGUUUCACAGUGUUUUUGCUCGCCCCCUGGUGGUUGGAGAUGGUAACGACUGUCUGUGAUGUGUAGAUUGAGAAUAUUCCUCCUGAUGUUGAGGCUGUUCAUGAGCACAUUGUUUUACACAAGUCACCACUUCUCACCUGAAUGGCAUGUAUCGCCCUUUAUGCGAGAUAAACGCAAAAUACAACAUAUUUUCCUCCAACUGAGGGACUGUAUGAAAAUGAAUAGUUUUAGGCUGCCAGUUUAAGGAUAUAUUUUAGCCCGUUCCCUCAAAGACAAAUUUAAAAAGUAACCAUGUUAUUAAAAAAAAAGGCAUUUAUAUGUGAAAUGGAUCAUCAAGCUAUGUCUUGUCAUAAUCAGCUACUAACAAACAACAGUGAUUGAAGGGGAAUUAUUUAAAAAAUUUUAGUGUAAACAUAAAAAAAAUAGUUAAUAUUAUAAAAUAUAAUGCAGAGAAACUUCAGUGGACUGAAGUUAGCAUGCUAACUAGCUAGCUGGUGACAUGUUGCCCCUAUUUGACAAGGUGACCAAUUUUUUUUUUUUAAUUUACAUAUUGCACCUUUAAAUGUCACCUAUAUGAACAGCUGUUCCUUCACAUGUUUCUGCAUCACAACAGAAAGGAAGAAAAAUAUUAAUGUCAUAAAAAGUUGUUAUAUAAUUCAAUUUUAGGCGUCACCAACUUGUUCUACUAAUUGGUGACGUGAUAGAAACAUUUCAACUGCAGUUCCAUGAACGUUUUAAUGUUUGAAUUUGGGCGUGCCGUCAUAAAUUAUUAAUGCUUUUGCUCUUUUAGGUAUUAAUAGUUAAAGGAGUUGAACCACGUCAGUGCUCUCAUGUAAUGUUUAGAUGUGAGGGGUUGCAGGUUUCAGAGUCAAUAUUAAUCACGCCUGAGGGCCCUGAUGUUGUUUGUUAAGUCAACUAUGAUUCAGCGUCCCUCCACGCCCGUAUCAUUUUCAUACAGUUCCUAAUGAAUUUGAGGACUCCAGCGUACAAAAGCUACAUGUAUGUAUUUCAGCACUUUUAAGAACUACACAUAUGAUGCAACUUCUUCUCUCUUCUCUCGUUCACUGUGAGGCGGUGUAUUGUUUUGCUGUGCUGUAAUUGUUACAGUACAUUUUUUCUCUGAGUUAGAGCACUUUGAUAACAUUUCAUUUUGUGAGUAGAAUUUAUUCCAUGAAUAAUUUCACUUUUAUGAGGCACGUAGCACUAGGAGUUCUAGAGAAUAAACAAAAUGUUUGUGAGUCAUCUGGAACUGUAAAUAGGAAAAAGGAAUAAAUGUUUCUUACAACAA